AUGAUUCAUGGACCAUGUGGACAUCUGAAUCCUAAUUCCAGAUGUAUGGAAGAUGGUGUUUGCACAAAAAGUUUUCCAAAGAACUUUUUAGCAUCUACGGUAGCUGAAGUCAACGGAUAUCCAUUAUAUAGACGUCGUGAUAAUGGUAUACAUAUCAAUGUCAAUAAUGUUGACGUAGAUAAUCGCUGGAUUGUUCCAUAUAAUCCAUGGCUUUCCAAGAAAUACAAUGCACAUAUAAACUUGGAGGCGUGCAUGUCUGUUAAAUCUGUUAAAUACCUCUAUAAAUAUAUUUAUAAAGGUCAUGAUUGUGCCAACAUUGAGAUCAAUGAACGUAUUGAUCAUGAUGAGGUGCAGACAUUUUUAGAUGCACGGUAUGUCAGUGCACCGGAAGCCAUAUGGCGUCUUUUUGAAAUUACCAUGCACCAACAAUCUCAUGUUGUCCAUAGAUUGCCAGUGCCCUUGCCAAAUAACCAUAUUGUUUAUUUUCAGCAAGGACAGGCUGAAGAGGCUCUGGACAGAGCUGCAGAUCAUGCUACAAAAUUAACAGCUUGGUUUGUGUUAAAUGCAGAGAAUCAUGAUGCUCGCCAAUAUAUGUAUCCAGACAUUCCUCUUCAUUUUGUUUUUAAUAAGAACAAAGUUUGGAAACCAAGACAACGCGGUCAUGUGUCCAGAAUGUAUAGUGUGAGUCCUCGCGCAGGUGAGCUUUUUUAUUUACGUAUGUUGCUAUUGCAUACACCUGGUGCAACUUCUUUUGAAGAUUUACGAACUGUCAAUGGCAAUGUUGCUGAAACAUUUCGUGACGCCUGUUUAUUGCGUGGUCUCCUGCAAGAUGAUACUGAAUGGAACAAUACUUUGCAGGAAGCUGUUAACUUUCAGAUGCCUCGACAAUUAAGACAACUGUUUGCUGUGAUACUUACUCACUGCGAACCUUCUGAUCCUUUUACUUUGUGGACAAGGUACAAGGAUGCAAUGUAUGAAGAUUAUAUUCGCCAAAUGAAUGAGGAACAUGCUGAGUACAGGCUGCUUCAAGAUAUUAAUUCUGUACUUAGGCAAUUUGGUAAAUCUCUUACUGAUUAUAAUCUUCCUCAUUUAGAUGAAUUACCCCCAGCUGAAAACAUUGAUGUAGCUAUGGAGGCUGAAAGAGCUUCCCAACUAAGGGCUCAACUUACUGACGAACAGACUGCACUGGCUAAUGCAGUCAUAGAAGCUGUUGUAAAUGUUGCUAACAAUGCAGCCCAAAACAACCGUCUGUUUUAUUUAGAAGGUGCUGGUGGUAGUGGUAAAACCUUUACUUAUAAUUACCUUAUUUCUGAACUUACAGGUAGAGGUUUUCAAGUUGGAACUGCUGCAUUUACUGGCAGAGCAGCAACACUUUUGAAAAAGGGUACGACCAUUCAUAGACUAUUCCGGUUACCUGUUCCUAUUGUAGAGAACAGUACAUGCAAGAUAACCCCGGUUUCUGCUUAUGCUGCAGAAUUGCGACAAAAGAGUCUAUUUUUACUUGAUGAAGCUUCCAUGAUUCCUAAGCUUGCUUUUCAUGCAAUAGAUCGUCUUCUACAAGAUAUUUGUAAUAAUGAGCUUCCAUUUGGAGGUAAAGUUGUUCUUUUAGGUGGUAAUUUUUCACAGUUACUGCCUGUUGUCAGAAAAGGAAAAGCAACUGAAAUUGUGGACAUGUGUUUAAAAAGUUCUCCAUUAUGGCACUUGGUUAAAGAAUUUCGAUUACAUCGAAACAUGAGAACAAGGCCAGGAGAACAACAAUUUGCUGCAUGGCUUCUGCAACUUGGGAAAGGUGUUUUACCUGGGAGCAAGAACCUUUCCAAGGCGCAAUUGAAGUGCCAUCCCAAUGUGUGA